UUACUGCACCUUUAAAUUCUGUUGUUGCUGUUGUAAAAGGGUUCAUCCCUCUGUACAAGAGUGAACUGUCAGUCAGAACGGGGAGUGCUGGGGCUGCUGGGAUGACAACUGCUGAAUACCUGAGAUAUUUCUUCUAGCAGAAAACAAGCUGAGACAGAGAGAGACGGAGAGGUGGAAAUAGUGACGGAAAGAGACAAAUAAGACAGACCCUGCUUUCACACUGCUGCGUCUUUCACACAAUUUCAGAAGAACAGCAAAAAAGAGAAAAAAGAAAAGAGUUUCAAAAGAAUAGAAAAGAGAGAAGCCACGUGGAUGCUCUUAACAAUCUCUUGUCACAGGCACAGGCUUCUUCGACCAAAGAAUAUAAACAAACAGUUGGCUCUACACUGUCAUCACUGGUUACUGGGUGGAGUACUGUUAUUAAAUCUCUUGGAGACAGCGCAAAAAAAGAAAAGAAAGUGAAAGAGUAAAGGCACAGCUAAAGAGAGAGAGAGAGGGAUAAAUAUAACACAAAAACUUCAGAGAGAGAGAGAGAGAGAGAAGAGAUAUUUAAAGCACAGAGAGAAGAAAGACACUGACUAAGAAACAGAAUCAAGAAGAGAGCUCUAAUUUGUCAUGUUAAAGGACGCAGUAACCAGAGAUGAAUAAAGCACCUCUUCUCCCAGUGAUCCAGGCAGGGGACGGCAGGACACUGUCCAGAGCACAGUUUCUCUCACUGCUCAACACCUACAACUGCUUCCUAAAGGACCACACUCAACUGCACCUCAGUUACUCUCAGGGUGGUGAUGGAAAGGUGGUGGUGGAAGGCUUCCUGAAUAUCUCCUGGGGAGUACGGAGACCCAUCCGGCUGAAAAUACAGGACGAUAAACAGAUGCUGCCCUUUGCUCCUGCGUUCCCACCUGACCCCACCAGUCCAGUCAGCCCCAUAGGAGACAAGAGGGGAAUGUCCCGAUGGGGAGAAUAUGUUGACCUCCACCAGAUAGAUGAGAUGACUGACACACCACAGGACUCAGUAGUCACCAAACCUUUACCAGGCCCAGCUGUUUAUGAGACGACCACAUUGCGUCCUGCGAGGCGGAAGAACUCGGAGCUGGAGGCGGAGUCCAACCUGUUUCGCUGUAUGAGUGACGCCUCGUUGGUCAAGAGGAGGAGGGGUAGGGGGAAGUCAGCAGCACAAAUAGAGAAAGAAAGACAGCAUCGCUUUUCAAUCAAUGGACACUUCUAUAACUAUAAGACCGCUAUCUUCACCCCAUCCUUCGGCACACCAACUAAAGUUCGUAUCUCCAGCAGUAUGAACACAAACCAGGUCAUUGAACAGCUACUAACCAAGUUCAAGAUAAUGAACGAUCCCCAGGAGUUUGCUCUGUACUGUGUUCACCAGAGUGGAGAAAAGAGGAAGCUCAGUAACAGAGACCAGCCACUAUGGGAGCGCAUACUACAGGGACCCUCUGAUGACAUUAUGAAGAUCUUUUUGAUCGACAUGGACGAAGAGGAAGUCAGCAACGAUGUAGCCCAGUAUCUGAACUUGGAACUUCCUAUCCUGGAGCAGGUUUUACUGAAACUCAGAGAAGAGGAGAACAGAGAGAUACAGAGAGUCAUUAGCAAGUACCACCAGCAGCAUAGACUCCUGUCCCAUAUGCUGACCUCUAAGAUGUCACCUCACAUUGAGACCAGCGUCUGACGACUGCCGGCUCUAGCAUCACUGUAAGGAUGAAGGAGUAGCUGUGGAGAACGCUACGAAUAACACCACCUAC